UCAAAAAGAGAGAGAUAAUUCUUGCUCCACAGACGGCAGUCCAGAAAAGAAAUACGACAGCUCCCAAUUUCCCUCCUUCCAUGGAAGUAUCGGCGGGAGCUUCGCAUUUGCCCAAACCCGACGUCGAAAAGAUAAAGCAAAAGCUUCUCCAAAGUGGCGUCGUUCCAACUCCCAAAAUCAUACACACUAUCCGCAAAAAACAGCUCCAGAAACUCAACCGCCGUCUCGCCAAAAAGGCCGCCAAGGAGCCACCGCCCCUCACCGACGCCCAGAAACAAACUCUGGCCGAGGAGUCCCACUUCCAGGCCGUCAAAUCCGAGUAUAAAAGAUUCAACAGAACUAUAACCGCAAAAAAUGAAGGGAAACUAAUGGGACGGCCGUGGGAGCGACUUGAGAAGCUUCAAUUGCAGGAAUUUUCAAGUGAAAAUAAGCAGUAUUUUGGAGACAAGUUAAAGGACGAGCCUCUGAGGGAACUCGGCGAUAUUAUCCAGAGCGAAAGAGAUAAGUUCCGGUGGCUUCUGGAUGCCGACGUUGAGAUUGAACAAGGAUGGUUCGGUAAUCAGAGGUCUAAUUGGGUCCCGCCAAAGCGCAGAGGAGGCGAAGCUGAGGCAAUUCGAUUUCUCAUUAACAAAUUGAGCGGUAUGGAAAUAGGUUUGAAGAAUUAUAAGUUUUCUCGGAUGAUGAAACAUUCUGGGCUGCAGUUUACAGAACGGCAAAUGCUGAGAUUAGUAGAAGGUCUCGGGGACAGAGGACAGUGGAGACAUGCAUUAUCUGUUGUUGAAUGGGUUUACAACAUGAAGGAGUAUAAACAUUUCAAAAGCAGGUUUGUUUAUACGAAGCUCUUGGCAGUUCUGGGAAAAUCUAGGAGGCCUCAUGAAGCUCUUCAAGUGUUCAGUUUGAUGAGAGGGGAUGCCCAAAUAUAUCCUGACAUGGCUGCCUACCAUAGUGUGAGUGUUGCACUUGGCCAAGCUGGUCUUCUGAAAGAGUUGAUCAAAAUCAUUGACUGCAUGAAGGAAAAACCCAAGAAAAUAAAAAAUAUGCGGCGCAAGAACUGGGACCCUGUACUUCUACCAGAUAUUGUCGUAUAUAAUGCUGUUUUAAAUGCUUGUGUUCCAUCCCGCCAAUGGAGAGGAGUAUUUUGGGUCUUUCAGCAGCUAAGGAAGAACAACUUGAAACCCACUGGAGCAACCUAUGGACUUGCAAUGGAGGUGAUGUUGCAAUCUGGGAAGUAUGACCUUGUCCAUGAGUUCUUUGAGAAAAUGAAAAGAAGCGGGAAUGCCGUGAAAGCUAUUACGUAUAAAGUUCUUGUUAAAACCUUUUGGGAAGAAGGAAAAGUCAAUGAAGCCAUUCAAGCAGUAAGGGAAAUGGAACAAAGGGGAGUUGUUGGAACUGCUUGUGUGUAUUACGAACUGGCUUGCUGCCUUUGCUAUCAUGGAAAUUUGGAAGGUGCCUUCUUAGAGAUUGAAAAGCUGAGAAGCCUUCGUCGGAUUAGACCUUUGGCAGUUACCUUCACUGGGAUGAUAUUGUCUUCUAUGGAUGGUGGACACGUUGACAAUUGUAUAUCUAUAUAUGAGCACAGUAAAAACUACUGUGAACCUGACAUUGGAAUCAUAAAUGCCAUGCUGAAGGUUUAUGGCCGUAAUGAUAUGUUUCUUGAAGCCAAGGAAUUGUAUGAGUUGACGAAGAAAGUUGAUGUUGAUUCUCAAAUUAGCCUUAGCCCAGAUAUUUACACAUUCAGUUCAAUGCUUGAAGCAUCUGCUCGUGCUCUCCAGUGGGAGUAUUUUGAGAGUGUCUACAAGGAGAUGUCCCUAGUUGGAUAUCAGCUUGAUCAAAAGAAACAUGCAUACCUGCUGGUGGAUGCAUCAAAAGCUGGGAAGGGACAUUUACUAGAUCAUGCAUUUGACACAAUUUUAGAAGCUGGUGAGGUGCCUCAUCAAUCGUUCUUCACUGAGAUUUUGUGUAAUGCAACCUCACAGUGUGACUAUGAAAGAGUUUUCACCAUUAUCAACAUGCUGGCUAUUGCACCAUUCCAAAUCAGCGAACAAGAGUGGGUUGAGCUCUUUGACGAUAACAGAGAUAGGAUUACGAGUGCUGAUUUGCAAGAAUUGUUGGAAACACAAUGCAAACAGGGUUCGAGAACAGAACCUACGAUCUUAAAUCUGUAUAGAGCGCUACGAUCUCUCUGUGGAGUCUACGAUUCAAGCUACACAAGUUCAAGGGGUGGUAGUGAUCUGAAACCUAGUAAUGAUGGAAGUCCUGUGUUCAUCACUUCUGCAAAAACAGCCACUCUCUACUCUUCUGAGAAAGCUCAACUUAGUAUCAGUGGAACAAUUGGCAGAGAGGAUGAUGAGGACAGCGAGAAUGAAGGUGAGUGGGAGUCAGUUCAGAAUUCAUCUUACAGUAAUGAUCAUGGUGAUGAGAGUGUUUUUCCAAACACAAUUCUCGAGCAUUUUGAUGAAGAUGAUUCAAUGUCUGAUGAUUGUUUCGAUGAAUUUGAUGAGUUAAAUGUGGAGUUGCCUGGAAGUGAGGAUGAAGAAGAUUCACAUGUAACAGAGGUGCCUUCAGCACAUGAGAUACUGGAGUCCUGGAAGGAAAUGAAAAAAAAAAUGACUUCUUUUCCCUUUCAAAUAAGCCACUAGUGAGUUGAAACUCUUUUAAGCUUACUGUGAACAUAGUUAUAGGCUUGUUGUAGAUUAAAUAGUGUCAAUCGCAUCAAAAGUUUUACCUUUGGAAUUUGGAUAGUGGCAAUGGAGUUUCUCAUAAAUCAAAGGGAUGUAUCUAUCUUGUAAUAAAAUAUUAUUUUAAUCUUUUUCUUU